AUGGCACCACAGAGAAUCUUAAUUACGGGAUGCAACAGAGGAAUUGGACUGGAACUUGUAUGUCAGCUACUGCAACAGCCAAGCCCUCCUGUACAAAUCUUUGCAACUUGUCGAGAUCCUGAUUCCCCUCAGAAUCAGAAACUUAAUGAUCUUGCUGCCCAAAACCCAGGUGUUGUGGUGAUUAAAUUGGAGGCCACAAACUCCCAGAGUAUUCAAGAAGCCAGAAAGGAAGUAGAAAAACACCUAAAUGGAGCUGGACUCAAUGUACUCGUGAAUAAUGCGGGUAUUAUGACUGGAAGUUCACUGGAGUCAGCAAAUGCAGAUGAUAUGUUGAAUGUUUACAACACAAAUGUGGUGGGACCAUUACUAAUAACAAGGGCCUUUUUGCCAUUUUUGAAAAAGGCAGCAGAAGAGAAUCCAGGAAAGCCUUUAAGCUGUGGCAAGUCAGCUUUGAUAAAUGUUUCCACACUGUUGGGAUCUAUUGAAAAAACACCCGAGACCUUCACUCCAUAUCCAGUCCUUUCCUACCGCUGCAGCAAGGCUGCUCUUAAUAUGCUGACUCGCUGUCAAUCAGAGGGCUAUAAAAAAGAUGGAAUACUCUGUACUGCUCUUCACCCAGGAUGGGUUCAAACAGAUCUUGGAGGACCACAUGCCCAUCUUACAGUUGAUCAAAGUGUAAAAGGAAUAAUCAAGGUGUUGGACAAACUUUCAGAGAAACAUGCUGGAAUUCUUGUAAACUGGGAAGGAGAUAUUGUCCCCUGGUGA